CUUAACUGUAAAAUCAUGGAAAUAUGGCAGCCGCAUUUCAAUUGUAAAAGAACUGGGAAUAACAAAUCGAUAUAUAUCGUAAAUAAUCAGUUGGUAUUAAAUAAACAACUGCAAGUCUAAAAUAUAAAUGUAGUUGCUAUCUUUUGCAUCAGUAUUAUAUACAAUUUAAUUCAAACGAAUUGAUUUCGAAUAAAAAGAAAUAAUCUAUAUAGAUGCUGUAAUUUUUCUACUCAGUGGCAAGCAAUAAAGAGUGCAAAAUAUAAUUUCAGAAUUUAUAGUUAUGGCUGGGUUUGUAGCAGUUCAUACUGGUGCUGGUAAUUGUAUAGAUGAAACGAAAUACCAGCGUGUUAUUAAGGAAGCUUGUGUUCGAGCAACAGAUGUACUAAAGAAUGGGGGUUCGGCGAUGGAUGCUUGCGAGGCGGCAAUAGUUCGCCUUGAGAAUUGUGGCAAUACGAAUGCCGGAUUUGGGUCUAACCUUUGUUGGGAUGGUCGAGUGCAAUGUGAUGCAUCUAUAAUGAACGGUUCAAAUUUACACUUUGGAGCUUGUACUAACGUCAGCACUGUACGAAAUCCUAUACGAUUAGCUCGAUUAUUAUGCGAUGGACAAUCAACUAUGCUAUCAAUGGAACGAAUACCACCAAUGGUUAUGGCGGGUAGCGGUGCAGAAAGAUAUGCAGAAGAACUGGGUUGUACUAUGAUCGACUCAAGUGCAUUGAUAUCUUCUAAAGCAAAACUCUCAUAUAACCAUUAUAAAUCUAAAAUAUCGGCGAUAACAUCUGCUUCUGAAGCACCUACUUCAUCAGUUGUCCCGACUCAAGUUAGUGCACUUGAUACGGUGGGUGCUGUGUGUGUAGAUAGUGCCGGUAAUACCGCUGCUGGUUGUAGCUCUGGUGGCUUAUUACUGAAAGUGCCGGGCCGAGUUGGCCAGGCGGCUACUUAUGGCGCAGGGUGUUGGGCAACUAACACCACAGAGACCUCCGUGGCCACUUGUACAACGGGAAAUGGUGAAUAUUUAAUGAAAACUUUAUUAGCAAAAGAAAUAUGUGUCGAUUUGUUGACAAGCGAUUGUGCCGUAACGAGCUUACAUAAAAGCUUGAAAAGUAAAUUUCUGGAAUCACCAUUCCUUCCCGUUGACCAGGAAUUGUAUGCCGGAGCGCUUUCGCUUAUUUACUAUCCUCAUGGUAAUACAGGAGAAGUAUUAUGGAGUCACACAACAAAAUCAUUUUGUGUUGGCUACAUGUCCACGCAACAAAAAGCACCAAAGUUCAUAUAUUCCCCACUGCCAACGUAUAGUAUAGCGGGAAGAUCUUGUGUGGUCAAUGGGCAUAAUUUCCAUUUACGCGUUUAAUCGCCGCCUCAGCUGCCAUAGCUUGCAUUAAUGAUGUCAGCAUUUAUUGUGAGUGCUGGCGUUGUAUGUAUUCAGCAUUCAUUAUUUAUUUUCGAAUGUUUUCGUGUACAAAACAAAAAGUUUAUAUACAUAUACUAAGCAAGCACAAUUGUGAUUAAGAAUUUCCAUUCGAAAGUCAUUUUUAUUCAAAAAUUGUGUGUUUAUUAUGUUUGUAAAGUAUAUAUUAUUUUAAAAAGGCGAUUUACAAAAAGUAAAUACUUAUAAAAAAUAUAGUAAGUAUUUAGGACGAUUUAUAUAUGAUAUAUGUUUAAUAUUAUAGCCAGCUUAACAAGUAUUUUUUUUAUUCAAUUGUGAGGAAAUGCUUUUAUUUUUGCCAAAGCGUGAGUGACCGAAGCAUAAAACGUACAUAAAUAUUGUUUUAAAUUUAUCGUUUACGUAUGUAUAUAAUACUCAUAAUUUCUAUAAUAGAUAAAGGCAAAUGUGGUAUUUCGAAAACUUGCAACAUGUAUAGGCAUAUGUUGCUGUAUUAGAUGUAAUGAUGAUUUCUAUAAACUAGAAAAUGUGUGCAUUUAUAGUUACGGAAUCGAUAUUUUAUUAAGUAAACACUAAACUAGAGUAAAAUAUAUUAAUGUUAUGUAACUCUUUCGUUGUUGUGUAUAUUUGGAAGAAAUUCAUAAAAGAUUUACUUUAUUUCCAGCAAUGACUAUUCGAGUUCCAUUAUGCAUACAUACAUAUAUAAGUGAUAAAUAAAAUUGUGCGCAUUGUAGGACCAAUAUAUAUUAUUAUGCGAAAAUAAUCACAAUCAGAGUAAUAAGAAAAAUAGUAUAAAUAUUUUGAAAUGGAAAGCAUGAUUUGUUGGAAGUACUAUUUAUCUGGGUUCAAUCACAUAGAUGUAGAUGUGUAUUUAACAAAAAUCUAACAUGAUAAAAAUGAAGAGCCUCCAUUAAAUUCGAAUAAAUUAAAAAUAGUUUACCAAAAUGGCAGUGGUAUGUAUUAGCUGCGAAAUACAAAAAG